AAAUUCUUGUCACUUUAAUCACUCAUCAAUUGCAAAGAUGGCAGAAACCAGAUCCGCUUCUGCCGUUAAACCUAAAUCUUUCAAUGAUAAGGACAAGCCAACUGAAGUUCGCUUGAGCAACAUCGUCGCUGCUAAAGCUGUCGGUGAUGCUGUUCGUACAUCUCUCGGUCCCAGAGGAAUGGACAAAAUGAUCCAAGCUGGUAACGGCGAAGUUGUCAUCACUAAUGACGGUGCCACUAUUCUUAAGCACAUGUCAGUUCUUCAUCCAGCUGCUCGUAUGCUUGUUGACUUGUCAGCGGCUCAAGAUAUUGAAGCUGGUGAUGGUACGACAUCUGUUGUUGUAUUGUGUAGCUCUCUCCUUGCUGCUGCCGAAAAGAUGUUGAACAAGGGUAUUCACCCUACCACAAUUGCUGAGUCUUUCCAGCGAGCAGCAGCUAAGGCUGUUGAAUACCUCACCCAGAUGUCUACUCAGUUGGAUCUCGGUGACCGUCAAUCUUUGCUUCGCGCCGCCUCCACCUCUCUUAACUCUAAGAUCGUUUCCCAAUAUUCAUCAUUGCUCGCUCCUAUUGCUGUCGACGCCGUACUUCAAGUCAUUGAUCCCGCUACUGCUCACAACGUUGAUUUGAAGGAUAUCCGUGUUGUCAAGAAGGUUGGCGGUACCAUCGACGACACCGAGCUCGUCAAUGGUCUCGUUCUCACUCAGAAUGUCGUUAAGAGUGCUGGUGGACCCACCCGUAUGGAGAAGGCCAAGAUCGGUCUGAUCCAGUUCCAGCUCUCUCCUCCCAAGCCUGAUAUGGAGAACCAGAUUGUUGUGAACGACUACCGACAGAUGGACAAGAUUCUCAAGGAGGAGCGACAGUACCUCCUCAACCUCUGCAAAAAGGUUAAGAAGUCUGGAUGCAAUGUUUUGCUCAUUCAAAAGUCCAUCUUGCGUGAUGCCGUCAACGAUCUUUCAUUGCACUUUUUGUCCAAGUUGAAGAUCAUGGUUAUCAAGGAUAUUGAACGUGAUGAAAUUGAGUUUAUUUCCAAGUCUCUUGGAUGCAAGCCCGUUGCCGAUGUGGAAUCUUUCACUGAAGAUAAGCUUGGCUAUGCUGACCUUGUUGACGAAGUCGAUUCAUCUGGAUCUCGUGUCGUCAAGAUUACCGGUAUGAAGCACGCUGGAAAGACUGUGUCUGUUCUCUGCCGUGGUGCCAACUCACUUGUCUUGGAGGAGUCACACCGUUCACUUCACGAUGCCCUCUGUGUCGUCAGAUGUCUUGUCAAGAAGAAGGCAUUGAUUGCUGGUGGCGGUGCUCCUGAAAUUGAAGUGUCUCAGAGAUUGAUGGAGCAUGCAAAGACCCUCACUGGUAUGGAACAGUACUGUUUCCAAGCUUUUGCUGAGGCUUUGGAAAUCAUUCCCACUACCCUUGCCGAGAACGCCGGUCUCAACCCUAUAUCCAUCGUCACUGAAUUGCGAAACAAGCACGCUCAUGGAGAGAAGACUGCUGGUAUCAACGUCAAGAAGGGAACUAUCACCAAUAUUUUGGACGAAAAUGUCAUUCAACCCCUCUUGGUGUCUACCAGUGCAAUCGAGUUGGCUGCUGAAACCGUCAAGAUGAUUCUCAAGAUAGAUGAUUUGGUUCAAACCCGAUAAAUAGAACGAACCCCCUUCCUUAGUUAACAAAGAAAAAAAGAAUGAAUGAAAAAAGCACUAUAACUUAGUAACCAGCAGUCUAUUUGAGAAAAAGGAAUGCCGAAAAAAU